AUGCAUGAAGAAACCUAGGAACAUUUUCUUUAUCGAGGUGUGACUGCUGAGAAUUUGACAGUUCAACUUUGCAGCACAGAGUUAGUAAAGAACAAUGGACUUGAGGAGAUUGAAGUUGUCAUUAGUCGUCCCUGACAAGUGAUCAUGGAGGAUAUCAACCACUUUGGAGACAAAGUUUCCAUUAGCCAGGAGUGGAAAACUUGAAUGGAGAUCAGGAAGGAGCCAAUCAGCACUAUUCAUACUGAUGCCAUGUGUGGACAUGGAAUACCAAUCAAGCUGCUCUUGCAAGAGGCCUCUGAGGACAUUUGCCUCAAUAUUUCCUGAACGACUGCGUCAGCAAAGAUCCUAGAGACAACUGUACAUUUCUAGUGGAUUGUCCACAUGUGCGAGAACACCAGGACAAGAGCCAUUGGAACUUUUCACACCCUUUUCCUUUUUGCCUUCAAGGACGAAUAAUUAUUGGCUAAAAGUGUUUUUUCCCAAAGUGAAUCUUUGCGGAGAAAUCUGUUUUCCUUCUCCAGACUGUGCGUGUGUAUAUGUGUUUGCUUACUUAGAAGAGAGAUGACUUCCAUUCAGUUUCUCACAAGGCUGUCUUUGCCUCGUUUGGCCUACCAUAAAAUUUCUGGACGGAAUCCCGGGGUUGUGUUCCUGUCAGGAUUUAAGUCCGACAUGAAUGCAGUGAAGGCACUGGCCAUGGAGGAGUUCUGUCGUUCAGCAGGGCACUCCUUUGUCAGGUUUGAUUACACUGGCUGUGGCAGUUCCGAAGGUGAUUCUGAGGACUGCAAAUUGGGAGAUUGGAAGAAUGAUGUGCUGACAGUCUUGGACACUCUCACUACAGGACCACAGGUUCUUGUUGGCUCCAGCAUGGGUGGUUGGCUUAUGUUAUUGGCUGCCCUUGCAAAGCCAGAGAGAGUGGCCGGAUUGGUUGGUAUAGCAACAGCUGCUGAUCAUUUUGUAACUCUUUUGGACCAGCUCCCCUCCGAGGCCAGAGCAGAUAUUGAGAGGACAGGCAAAUACAAUAUGCCAUCCAAGUACAGUGCCAGUGGCUUCUACACCAUGAGAUAUAACUUUAUAAAGGAGUCAGAGGAGCACUGUCUGCUACAAAGCAGCAUCAACAUCUUAUGCCCAGUGCGGCUCUUGCAUGGCAUGAAGGAUGACGUGGUCCCCUGGCAUGUUUCCGUCAAAGUGGCAGAACAACUUGUCAGCAAUGAUGUGGACAUCAUCCUCCGAAAAAAUGCAGAGCACAGGUUUUCAGAGGAUGAGGAUAUCAAGCUUCUGACUACUGUCGUUAGUGAGCUACUGCAAAAGUUAACCGAGAAAGAUCUAAAAUGAAAGAAACAUAGUUGUGUUGGAAUUCAUUGUCAGUUAAUGUUAACCAAAAAGAUUAAGCAGGGGCUUCACCUCUGUUUUUGUUUUGUGCUGUCGUAAAUCAAGGGCGAAUGUUAGAGAACUGCGGCUGUUGAAUUAGAAUAUUCUUUAUAUUUGAGGAAAUGUGAUCAGACAUAAUCUCCACAGCGAAUAAAGGCUUUGUAUAACUGCCAAA